GAGAAGAGGCCAAUAGAUCUGGGUUUUGUCCAGGGGUCUCUGGGUUUAAAGCUCUCUACAACCACUUGAGCUCAUUUUCCCUGUGACUUGGCUGGGUACAACUUCUUUCUCUGCCCAAGCUGUUAAAAGUCUUAAACUUUACCCUUCAGAAUUCUUUCAGUUGCGCGACAGAUACAACCUAUCCCUUAACAAAAAUGGAAGCUAUCAAGAAAAAGAUGCAGAUGCUGAAGUUAGACAAGGAGAAUGCCAUUGACAGAGCGGAGCAGGCUGAAACGGAUAAGAAGGCAGCUGAGGACAAAUGCAAGCAGGUAGAGGAUGAGCUGGUAGCUCUGCAGAAGAAGUUGAAAGGAACUGAAGAUGAGCUGGAUAAGUACUCGGAGGCUCUCAAAGAUGCCCAGGAAAAACUAGAGCAGGCUGAAAAGAAGGCCACUGAUGCUGAAGGUGAGGUGGCAGCUCUGAACAGACGCAUCCAGCUCGUGGAAGAGGAGUUGGAUCGUGCCCAAGAACGGCUGGCCACAGCCUUGCAGAAACUGGAGGAGGCUGAGAAAGCAGCCGAUGAGAGUGAGAGAGGAAUGAAGGUUAUUGAGAACAGAGCAAUGAAAGAUGAAGAGAAAAUGGAAAUUCAGGAAAUGCAACUGAAGGAGGCGAAGCACAUUGCUGAAGAAGCUGACCGCAAAUACGAGGAGGUUGCCCGGAAACUGGUUAUUUUGGAGGGUGAACUGGAAAGAGCUGAAGAGCGUGCAGAGGUGUCCGAAGUUAAAUGUAGUGACCUUGAAGAGGAGUUAAAGAACGUCACCAACAACCUGAAGUCUUUGGAAGCUCAAUCUGAAAAGUACUCGGAAAAAGAAGAUAAAUACGAAGAAGAAAUCAAGAUUCUCUCUGACAAGCUGAAAGAAGCUGAAACUCGUGCUGAAUUUGCGGAGAGAACAGUUGCCAAACUGGAAAAGUCUAUUGAUGACCUGGAAGAAAAACUUGCUCAAGCCAAAGAGGAGAACUUGGGGCUGCACCAGACACUGGACCAGACGCUAAACGAACUGAACUGUAUAUGAGCUUGCGCGGG